AAUCGAUUCACUACUAACGAUUGAAGAAGCUCUAACAACCUAAUCAGAUUCUAUCUAUCUCAGGUUGCAGCAGAAAUCAAUAAAAGAUGAUCAGGCUUCAAUUGACUCAUUCAAAACACUACAAUCAAUUAUAAUCGAGCAAUAUCACAAUCCAAAUGUAAUUACAAUCAAGAUUCCUAACACAUGGAAAUAGGGAUCUUCAUACCCAAGUGAGAGAAAGUUCUACUCCAUAGAGAGAGAGAGAGAGGAAAACAGAAAUCAGAGUAGUCAUACUCAUAAAGAUGAGGAAAAUCUGCUCUGGGAUGUCAAUCUUCACUCCUGGGGAUGCAAUAUGGGUUCAAUGGUGAGAAAUACACUCCAAAUAGCUCCUAGGGUUUGUUCUUCGCACUUUCUCUCUAAAACUAUGUUUUUGCUCCAAAAAGUCGACUCUCUCUCCUUUGGCUCGAAUCUGCCUCAAAACCCCGAUUCUGGGCAAAACACGGUCGAGGGCACGGCCGUGUUUUGCUUUUGCCCGUCCGUGCCCUUGCCACGUGUUAAAACACGCCCGCGUCGCCCAAAACACGGUAGUGCCUAAAUAUGGACACGACUGUGUUUUUCUUUAGGCCAGCCCGUGUUUUGCUUUUCCAUCAGUUCAGAUCUCGCACAUAAAAACACUAGCGUGCCAGUUUGUGUACACAGCCGUGUUCUUCAGGCCUCCUGCCCGUGUUUUGCCCCCAGCUCCACCGAAUGACCUCCAAACGCCCCGAAUCUCGCGCUUAGCCUUUCCUUCGACGUCUGCGACCUGAAAUAUGAAAAAGUAGCACAACCCAGCGUAAAACGGGCCAAAAAUACACGACUACUAGCCGCAAACGGAUAAGAACUAAGGGUGCAAACAUGUGCAAAUACAUCGUUAUCAAAUUCCCCCACACUUAACCGUUUGCUUGUCCCCAAGCAAACCAAGUCAGACACAAAGUAAGCUCAAAACGUUUUAAUCAAGCAGGCUUUUGGGACAUGUCAUAUCGGCACAAAACACGUGAAUCAUAUUGGCUUUUGAUCAUUAACACAUGGACAACCUCAACGGCAACCUAGACAACCACCACAGAUGACAUUCGAGUGCAGCAAAGUCGAGCAAAGGAAGAGUCUCCCUUUUGUUCACCAACCAACUUGGACUUGACUCAACCACUUAUUCGAGACAGUCACUUCAUGCACAAAGCUCAAGGUUAUCAGAAUUAAGACCGAGCAAUCUAGGUCCUCACCGGGGAAAAGAGUGUAGAAAAUAUGAGGAAAUAAAUCGCUCACUCUCGACCAGUGGGGUCAGGAAAGAAUUUUGAUGCAAGAUGUGCAUACUCAUACUCUCAAUUCCUAACGUCUCUUCACCAUGAAGGCAGCCUCUAACUGUUAGAGUUCACAUAUCGGGUGUCAUCACUAACUAAUAUGGAGGUCUUAGACACAGGUUCAGAAGACUGGCUAGGGUCUUGGACAUGGGGAAAAGCCCUUUUAGGUGGUGGAAGUAUUCAUAGCACAAGGUUCCACAAUUCCAAACCCAACACAAUCACAGUCAAUCAAACCACUUACUUUCUUUCAGCCAUUCUGCAUUACUCACAUUCUCUAGAGCACAAGAGCGAAGGAGGUCACAUAAAUGUUAGUAUUUCCAAGCCAGACUGCUAAGAAACACUACUUAAUGAGCAUGAUUCAUAUUUUUGGUAGUGGAUCUCUUUAGCUUUCAUCCAUUUUUUCUUCUUUUUUUCAUUUCAUGAGAGAACCACCACCUGUGCACAUUUUUCAAACACAUGCCCUACUUUUUUAAGAACUACCUCCAACCCUCACAUUAUUUUUAGUAGAAAUAGGAGAGAACUUGCAAAAACCACCUCGUGGAACCAUCUAAGAGAUGCAAAAGGGUGAUUUUCCAUUAUAAACCGAAAGAAAGAACGUGAUACGGCUCAAAGGGGCUGACUAGGGGAUAUGACACACCAGGACAGUCAAUUUGGUCGUGGGAUAAUCCUAUGCCUCCAUCAUCUUAGCUAGUGACAACGUGAAUGCUACACAUCAUGGAAGAGGGAUCUAUCGCACAAGAAAGAAACGAGCAUGCUCAAAUCUCACAUGGCUACCUAUAUGCUCUAUCUCUCAUUCUGAUUCCCUGAACUAGAUGCAUAAACGACUGUCAAGAGCAAGUGAUCAAACCAAGUCACAGUUGGUAAGCAAACAGUUGAAAAACUGAACCCCUACACAAUUGUAUUGCACGUCUCAGUCAUCAUUAUAAGCUGUCCUAGUCACAUUCCAGUUGUCAUGCAUUAAUUCAAAAGCCAUUCAAUUCACCAAUUAAACCGACAGUGCCAAUACGAUCAAGCAAACAACAGUACUUGGAGCCCUCAAAUCUCAAGAUUUGGACAGCGGACUAGGCUCCAUGCACACAAACUCAUCUAGCAGUCAACAACAGAUAAACACCCCCCCCCCACACUUAAGCACAACAUUGCCCUCAAUGGAGCAGAGGGAAAGACAAGGGGAAACGAUGUUACCGGGAAUACGGAUUGUCGAGGGACUGGAAAUGGGACCAGUCAGCACGGCUAGAGUCAUCAAAACACACUAGGUGAUAAAAACCAUAGUUCCAAGUGGACAAACCGACAAACAAACGAAAGAAAAACAAAUGAUAGACCAUUAAUUACACAUGUUUUUACCCCUAUUCUUGAGCCGUUUGAGAUGUUGAUUCUUGUGUUUUAAGCCGAUUUCACGCUAUGUUGUGCGUUUAUGUCAUAUUUCAGGGCUUAGCGUAGGCAUCGACACGAAGAAAUGAGUUUCAGGUCGAAAGGAGCACGUUUGGGGUGAAGUGUGCUAUAGGAGCAAAAUACCCGGCCAUGAGCAGAAAUACCCGGCCGGGUUUUAUUUGGAGCAGACCAGGGAUUUUUUUGCUUCGUGCGUCUCUGAGAAGCAGAAGGAGGCCCGGGCAGAGAGCAGAAAUCCCCGGUCAGGGAUUCUUGGCAUUGACCGGGGAUUUUCCCCUCUCUUCAGACGCGACGUUUUGAAUAUACCCGGUCGCCACCCUGAAUACCCGACCGGGUAUUCAGGCCGGGGAUCGGGACAAACAGCUUCUUAAGGGAAAAGAAGGCCAAAAGUGAAGAGUUCCGAGUUUUAGAGAGACAGAGCGAUACCUAGAGAGAGAAAGUGAUGAACCUGACUCUGCAAGUGUCAUAGAUCGAUCUCCAUCACCAUUGGAGCCCGGCUUGAGCUUGGAGAAGACCUGAUUGAGUGCCAGAAGCAGAUUAUCAUCCUUCACAGUAUGGUUUCCGCAUCUGAGCUAGAUUUCCCAUCUCUCUAUGGAGUAGUUUUCUUAUUCACCUGGGUAUGAAGAACCCUAGAUUUGUAUGUUAGGUCUGAUUGUGUGAACCCAAGUACAGAUUCAUUGGUAUGAUUAUGUUCAAUUGAGGUUUGAUUUGUUGAAUGGCAUGAAUCCUGAUCAAAUUCCUGUUGUUUCUGCUUUAACCUAGAAAGAGAAUAUCUGCCUAGGUUGAUAGAGCACCCUUGAUUGAAGCUAGUGAAUUGGCGACUUUAGUCGAGGAGUCAAUUCACUAUUCUGUACCGAAUUUACUUCAGUAGUGGAGGUUUGGUUUGUUAGGGCCUCAAUCUGUUUACUCCGGUGGAGGUUAGUCGCCCGCUGGAGACUCAGAUUGAGAGGGUCUGGAGACCUUUAGUCGAGACUUCGGACUGUUUAAGAAUCUCCCGCAACAUAACUAUCAUUGAAACUGAACUUGGUAAAUUACAAUCCGGCUUAACUGCAGUCUAGGGGGAACCAUAUCAGGGUGACCUCUCUCGACUUGAAAACAACCUUUUUACUUGCUUUGCUUGUUUAUUUGUUUGGAUCUUCAUGAAAGUUUCACUGCUAAAUAAUAAGAACUCAUGGAGUAGUCAUCACAUCUAGGACGCGGGUUGACAUUAAAACCCAAACCCGCUAUACUACGCUUUAGGAAGUGGUUGCACUUGGCCAUUUUCUAGAGUGACGAUAAGAGCGAGUCAACAAACCUUGGUGGGGUUGCCUCCCCACAAGCGCUUCUUUAUCAUCUUUUAGCUGGACGCCAGUAGGGUGGAUGCUUAGAGAGGUGAAGGAACAUGUGCCUUCAAGAGCGGAUCCACAUCGCCCUUUAGGUACAACUUCAGGUGGUGGCCAUGCACUCGAUGAGUGUGACCACCAGCACUCGUCAACUCGACCUGGCCAUCCGGCAGGAUGCAAGCGAGUGAAUACUCGGAUGGCCAAGGCGGCCGAGGCUCAGGAGGCGGGACCAACUCAUAGUGGUCCCCGGCUACGGCGCCAAAAACUUGACACGCUAAAACACAGCACCAAACUGCGACCAAGUGUAAUCGCAGUCCGGAGAUGCAGUAACAGGCAAGCUCUAAUUGUCAACCCGGGGUCUAGAUCUACUGCCUACUCCAUGUAUAUCUGUUAUCUAGCAAACUAAGUUGAGUGAUUGUUGAUUUAAGUAAAAGCAGUAAGAAAGCAGGAAAUGGUUCAGUUUUCUAAAGCAAAGGAAGAGUCACUCGGGAAUGAGUCUCCCUAGCUCCUUAGUUAGGUCACAGUUGUAAUUACUUUUGGUUGCUUUACUGCUGAUUAUACUGCGGAAGAUCCGACAGUAGCUUGGAAUCUCUUAAGCUGACCAAGCCCUCUCAGUUAAACUACCCGGCAGACGACUAGUCUUCACCGGGAUAGAACGCUGAGGCAAUGAACACAGAAAUCCACUACUGGAAUUAGAUUCCAGUACAGAGCAAUGAAUCGACUAACUCUCGUAUAAUCGAUUCACUACUACCGAUUGAAGAAGCUCUAACAACCUAAUCAGAUUCUAUUUAUCUCAGGUUGCAGCAGAAAUCAAUAAAAAAUGAUCAGACUUCAAUUGACUCAUUCAAAACACUUCAAUCGAUUAUAAUCAAGCAAUUUCACAAUCCAAACAUAAUUACAAUCAAGAUUCCUAACACAUGGAACUAGGGUUCUUCAUACCCAAGUGAGAGAUAGUUCUACUCCAUAGAGAGAGAGAGAGAGAGGGAGAGGAAAAUAGAAAUCAGAGUAGUCAUACUCAUAAAGAUGAGGAAAAUCUGCUCUGGGAUGUCAAUCUUCACUCCUAGGGAUGCAAUCUGGGCUUCAAUGGUGAGAAAUCCACUCCAAAUAGCUCCUAGGGUUUGUUCUUCGUACUUUCUCUCUCUAAAACUCUGUUUUUGCUCCAAAAAGUCGACUCUCUCUCCUUUGGCUCAAAUCUGCCUCAAAAACCCGAUUCUGGGCAAAACACGCUCGAGGGAACGACAGUUUCUUUUUGCUUUUGCCAGUCCAUGCUCUUGCCACGUGUUAAAAACACGCCCGCGUCGGCCAAAACACGGUCGUGCCUAAAUAUGGACACGACCGUGUUUUUCUUUAGGCCAGCCCGUGUUUUGCUUUUCCAUCAGUUCAGCUCUCGCACAUAAAAACACUGGUAUGCCUGUUUGUGUACACGACCGUGUUCUUCAGGCCUCCUGCCCGUGUUUUGCCCCCAGCUCCACCGAAUGACCUCCAAACGCCCCGAAUCUCGCGCUUAGCCUUUCCUUCGACGUCUGAGACCUGAAAUAUAACAAAGUAGCACAACCCAGCAUAAAACGGGCCAAAAAUACACGACUACUAGCCGCACACGAAUAAGAACUAAGGGUUCAAACAUGUGCAAAUACAUCGUUAUCAAAUUCCCCCACACUUAACUGUUUGCUUGUCACCAAGUAAACCAAGUCAGAAACAAGGUAAGCUCAAAACAUUUUAAUCAAGCAGACUUUAGGGACAUGUCAUAUCGGCACAAAACACGUGAAUCAUACUGGCUUUUGAUCAUUAACACAUGGACAACCUCAACGAUAACCUAGACAACCACCACAGAUGACAUUCGAGUGCAGCAAAGUCGAGCAAAGAAAGAGUCUCCCUUCUGUUCACCAACCAACAUGGACUUGACUCAACCACUUAUCGAGACAGUCACUUCAUGCACAAAGCUCCAGGUUAUCAGAAUUAAGAUCGAGCAAUCUAGGUCCUCACCGGGGUAAAGAGUGUAGAAAAUAUGAGGAAAUAAAUCGCUCACUCUCGACCACUGGGGUCAGGACAGAAUUUUGAUGCAAGAUGUGCAUACUCAUACUCUCAAUUCCAAACGUCUCUUCACCAUGACGACAGCCUCUAAAUGUUAGAGUUCACAUAUCGGGUGUCAUCACUAACUAAUCUGGAGGUCUUAGACACAGGUUCAGAUGACUAGCUAGGCUCUUGGACAUGUGGAAAAGGCCUUUUAGGUGGUGGAAGUAUUCAUAGCACAAGGUUCCACAAUUCCAAACCCAACACAAUCACAGUCAAUCAAACCACUUACUUUCUUUCAGCCAUUCUGCAUUACUCACAUUCUCUAAAGCACAAGAGCGAAGGAGGUCACAUAAAUGUUAGUAUUUCCA